AUGUGGGAGAGCGCUCCUCCGUGGCCGCUGAUAUUUGGUGCGAGCGCGCCGCCACCGCGGCCGUCGAGCGGGAUGACGCGGGUUUUGUCGCGGCCGGUGACGUUCGUGACGGGGAAUGCCAAGAAGCUGGAGGAAGUCAGAGCGAUUAUCGGCAAUUCCAUUCCCUUCGAAUCCCUCAAACUCGACCUGCCAGAAUUGCAAGGUGAGCCUGAAGAGAUAUCUAAAGAAAAGGCCCGUAUAGCUGCAGCAAAGGUAAAUGCACCUGUACUUGUUGAGGAUACCUGCCUGUGCUUUAAUGCUCUAAAUGGUCUCCCAGGACCUUACAUAAAGUGGUUCCUGCAGAAGACUGGACAUGAAGGUCUCAACAAUAUACUAAUGGCUUAUGAGGACAAAUCAGCAUAUGCAUUGUGUAUAUUUUCUCUUGCUCUUGGGCCAGCUGAGGAGCCAAUAACAUUUAUUGGGAAAACACAGGGAAAAAUAGUUCCUUCAAGGGGUCCUGCAGAUUUUGGAUGGGAUCCUAUCUUCCAACCAGAUGGAUAUGACCAAACCUAUGCUGAGAUGCCAAAGGAAGAGAAGAAUAAGAUAUCCCACCGCUCAAAAGCUCUUGCAAUGGUGAAAUCACACUUUGCAGCUGCUGGCUAUGUUUUCCAGAACAACAGAUUAGUUUGAUAGCGUAGCUAACUGGAUGCUAUAAGGAUUAACUUCGUUUUCAGCCCACCAUGUUUUGAUGUUGUAAGCCACAUAGAGGACUUUGUUUAAACACUGUUCAGGUUAUAACUUCAAGUACAUCAUCAAUACAGUAUCUGCUCGCUUUGUGGGCUAUCAGCAUAUCUUGAGAUGAAACAGGAUAUUGAGUGACACAGGAUAACCAAUGGAGAUGGCUUUUCCAGAAUAGAGGCAAUUAGUUAGCCAAAUGAA